AUGCUCCGGGCGCCUACCGUGCUGUGCGUGUGCGCGGGCUGGUGCGUGCAGGGUUUGGCGGCGGCCGCAGGCCGGCCAGACGGCGGCAGUUUUCUGGACGACAAACAAUGGCUCAGCACGGUGUCCCAGUACGGCCGGGAGGCCGGACAGUGGAGCCGAUUCCGAGACGAUGAUUAUUUCCGCACUUGGAGUCCAGUAAAGGCUUUUGAUGGGGCUCUAGACCCAACUAAAGACCCGUGCUUAAGGCUGAAAUGUAGUCGCCACGAAGUGUGCAUUAUUCACGGUUCUCAGACCGCAGUCUGCGUUGGUCAGCGGAGGCUCAUGCACAGUAUGAAAGAUGCAGGAUUUGGGCAUAAGCAGCGGAGGGGUCCCCCGACACCCACCUGCCAGCAGUGCCCGGGGGUCUCUACCAGCCCGGUCUGUGGUUCAGAUGGACAUACCUACUCUUCUCAGUGCAAACUAGAAUACCAGGCAUGCAUCUUAGGAAAACAGAUCUCAGUCAAGUGUGAAGGACGUUGCCCGUGUCCUUCAGAUACGACCAUGGGCUCAAGCAGGAAUAUGAAGAGAGCCUGCAGUGACCUGGAGCUCAGGGAGAUGGCCAGCAGACUGCGGGACUGGUUCAAGGCCCUGCAUGAGAGUGGGGGCCAGAACAAGAAGACUAAAGCAUCGUUGCGGCCGGAGAGAAGCAGAUUUGAUACCAGUAUUUUGCCAAUUUACAAGGAUUCACUCGGCUUGAUGUUUAACAGACUUGAUACAAACUACGACCUGCUCCUGGACCAGUCGGAGCUUGGGAGCAUUUACCUGGACAAGAACGAGCGGUGCGCGGAGGCCUUCUUCAGCUCCUGUGACACGUACAAGGACAGCUCCAUCUCCAACAACGAGUGGUGCUACUGCUUCCAGAGGCAACAAGACCCACCUUGCCAGACGGAGCUCGGCAGUAUUCAGAAGCAGCUCGGGGUGAAGAAGCUCCUCGGACAGUACGUCCCCCAGUGUGAUGCAGAUGGUUACUACAAGCCAACGCAGUGCCACGGCAGCACUGGGCAGUGCUGGUGUGUGGACCAAUAUGGAAGGGAAGUCGUGGGGUCCAGGAAGCGCAGUGCUGCAGACUGUGCUAUUGAUUUUGAGAUCUCUGGAGAUUUUGCAAGUGGAGAUUUCCGUGAAUGGGCUGCUGAUGACGAUGAAGAUGACAUUAUGAACGAUGAAGAUGAAAUUGAAGAUGAUGAUGAGGAUGAAAGGGAUGAUGAUGAUGGUGGUGACCAGGAUGGAUUCAUCUGA